AGGGCCUUGGGUAUAGCAAUCAGAGUAUAUAGAACACCAUAGAUAGGAUAGCAAUUAGCAAUAUAGGUAUCUUGAGCAAUAUAGCCUUGGUAUAGCAGCAGCUGCACGAUUUUCUUCUUGAAAGCUGAGUGUGGCACUGACCAGCGUUAAACACAAUGUAUACGCUUCUCAGUGGGUUGUACAAACAUCUGGUGCAGAAAGAUGACUAUUUCCUCCUCAUCCUUGGACUGGAUAAUGCUGGAAAGUCGACCUACUUGGAGGCGGCCAAGACAAAGUUCAAGAAGGACUACAAGAGUCUGAACGCGUCCAAGAUCACUACCACAGUGGGUCUGAAUAUUGGACAGGUGGAUGUCUCUGGAAUCCGAAUCAACUUCUGGGACCUGGGCGGCCAGGAGGACCUCCAGAGUCUCUGGGACAAGUAUUACGCCGAGUGUCACGCCGUGAUUUACGUGGUGGACUCGGCUGACCGGGAGCGAAUGGACGAGUCCAAAGAGGUGUUUGACCGAGUGAUCGGCUCGGAGCACCUGAUCGGCGUGCCGCUGCUCGUGCUGGCCAACAAACAGGAUAUUCCCGACUGUAUGGGCGUGCGGGAGGUGAAGCCCAUCUUCAACCAGAGCGCCCACCUGAUCGGACGCAGGGACUGCAUGGUGAUGCCCGUCUCGGCGCUCCACGGGGAUGGCGUCCACGAGGGGAUCGACUGGCUGGUGGAGUGUGUCAAACGAAACGCGGCCAACCGACCUCCGAAGGACGCAGACUUCUCAUAGUGAGGCGUGAGGACCGGGGAAUAUGGGGAGGGAUGAUUUAUAAACACUGAACUAUGUGGUUGGAGUGAACCAUGGGUGUAUGCUUGGAAUAUUCUAUAUGUAUGUAUGGGUGCGUCGGUCUCCAUGUGUGUGAAUGCCAUGCGUGGAUUUUUUCAAGGAGGCAAGGCUGCUCGUGUGUGGCGAAGAGAUGAAUGAAAAUAUUUUAAUGUGCAUAUUUAUUCACUGAUUUGUGCUGUUCGUCAAAUCAGUAUUGUAUCUCAUGCUGGUGAGUUGUUAUUACGUGCAUCAUGCAUGCACUCGUCGUUAGUUUCACUGUCGUUUUGUGUAUUGGUGACCGUUCAGUUGGUUUGUGCCCAACACAUGGUGUUCAAUGCGUAUGAUAAGUGACAUGAGCUCGUUUUAAUUCGAGUUAGUAUUUAUUUUAUUGUCCUCGAAAUUAUCUGCGCACUAGGACAUAUUUGUUUUGCCAUGGUCGGCGGACCUUGUGGCAUGUUACCGUAAGCAUGCAAUUUAUUCCAUAAGUAACAAAGAUACGCCAGCGUACCUGGGUAACUGUCGUGCAUGACAUUGACUGCUUGUAUGUAUUUGUACAUCCGUAUAUUCUCUUGGCGUUUCUCUUUGUGAACUUCGUGGAUUUCGCGAAUGCUUCGAUAUCGUACCAGCAAAAAUGCAAAAAAUGGCUUAUUUAUUCUCGUCAUUAAUAGGGCUUCACAAACUCAAUCCGUUACGAUGAUCUGAUAAUCGUCAUAAUUUUUGUUUACCUAAAUAUGAACGGAACCCGCUUUUAUGUCGUCUGGUAAAGGAAGGGGUCCAGCUUUACAUUGCUAUUGGAGGGACACGGGGUUAUUUUAGUGAUUCAAAAGCCGCCGCCUUUCUAUCACCUCACUGGUGCACAUGGUGCAAUCGUUCACCAACAGAUAAUGGCACGUCAUAGCUGACCCUGGAGGAUAAUGCGCUCUUAGCGUGCAUUCUGUACGUUCACCGUUGUAUUUAUACGGAGAAUGCAAGCCACGAGGAACCGACGUUUGAUAACAUGGAUACGUUGGUCUGUCGUUAGAUGUGCAUGUGAAAAAUACAUGUAUUUUUGUACGGCU